CUCCUCUGAAAUGUCAAAUAAUUGUCAUCAAAAAUCAAUUCAGCUGCAGCGCAUCAGAUCGGUCCUGGCGGAUGCAAAAUCAAUCAAAAAUUGAAUUUAAUAAAUAUUCAAGAUAUUCAUAGUGAAUUAUUUAGAUUUUGUGAGGCUAACAAAAAAGUCUGCUGUUGAUUAAUCUAGAAUUGUGAACAUGAGCCGGUGGGAUCAAAGAAUCGAAGGAGGACACUCACGCUCUCGAAGGGAUGGUCCCAGAGAUCGUUCCCGAAGCAGGAGUAGAUCUCGAAGUCGUUCAUCUUCCCCCGUUGAACGGCGGUUGCGAGAGAUAGAGGAAGAUCGUCGCCGAAAGGAGCAGUUGCAGAAGCACAAUCCGCUGCGUCCACUCCCUGGCGGCCGGAAGGACAGUGGCAGCUCUAGUGACGAUUCCGGUGAUGAUGAUAAUGGUUCACAAUCCAAGACUGCACCACCGAAGCCUUCGGUUAUGCCAAAAAUAGGAUUUAGCUUCCAAAAACCGGCUGCGAAUGCCAAAACUAGCUCCACCCUAUCCACAAGCUUCAACCUGCAGAAAGCUAAACCGAUGGCCAUUCAAAUGAAGCUCGGAACGGCACCCAAAAAGGAAACGCCCAAAUUGCUUAAGCCGGUUGCGAACGCCUUCGCUGGAUCCGACAGUGACGAAGAACCGGAGGAAAUGCCCGCCGAGUGUCGGAUGAGGAUGAGAAACAUUGGCCGGGACACGCCCACUUCUUCCGGACCCAACUCUUUCGGUAAGACCAAACAUGGUUUCUGCGACUCCAAGAAAAUAUUCGAAAAAAAGUUAAAUACUAUGACCGACAGUUAGGCCGACUGCUGGUCAAAAUUUGUCUGUUGAAAUUGAGAUUUGGCACUUUUUAGUUUUUAAGUGACUUGAUCCUUCGUUACAAAGACUUACAGUUCGGCAUUAAAUCAAAGGUUUAAGUAGGUAAAUCAGUUGUGUUCUUCUCUUUUCGCUUACGUUUCUUCAGUCAGAUUAUCCACGUAUUGCGCAUAGAAUCGCAUGCAUUAAUUAUUCACACACUAUUAUUAAAUCCUUGAUUAGUAGAUGUUUCUAAUGUCUACCUUUAAUUACUGCAAAUCUAGAUCAAAAUGAUUAAACAUAUGUUCAAUAAUUA